AUGAUGGGAGGAAAUCUCUUGAGCGUCGGCUGGCAUGGAUCGCUUGUCUCGUUUUUGGCAGAAAAUUCUUCACAAAGUGUAAUCUCUUCGACCCCCAACGAAGCUUCGCCCGUGCAUACAGAUCUUUGUGUAAUUCGUACACCAACGAGCCCCAAAGUUUUGUUCUACGAUCAGACUGGGUUCACCUCAUUUUCGGACACACAUGAGAAAUUGUUUUGUACGCCACAGCAGCAC